AUGUCCCCUACUCUGCCCCCUCGUUUUCCUCCUGCGGUCGAACCGAUGCGAUACAUGUGGAACGCAACAUUUUCCCAUUCGUUCAAUGAUCAAGGUGAAUUGAAGAUCUCCAAUGUCGAACUUAUGAAUUGCAGUCAAGUCUCAUUAUACAGUACUGACCCAAAUGAUUCAAGAGAACAGUGUGGGAUCAUCUUGACACAAGAUAGCAAGUACGGUCAUAUCCUAACUUCUACCUCCUCUUUCCCUUCUAGUUCAACUCUCACUCAUCUACCUACUGGGUCAUCCCAAGCUCCGAGCAAGAUGAACACUCUCACCGUCCCAUUUCCUUCAGCUAGAAGCACCUCCAUUCCUACACUUACCAAUGGAAGUGUCUUGAAAGGUAGAGGCAAGGAAAUCUCCCUGGUCCUCACGGAUUUGGAGUAUGAAGAGUACUCGGAAGAUGUUAGAUCACAUAUAUUUGUCUCAGCCAUACCCGGAACGGCAUGGACGGACAAGGGUGGUGGAAUACCCCAUGAGCAAAAGAUAACGGUGAUUACUCAGGGUUUGGAGAGGUUCUUGAGGGAAUUUGCCAAUGGGAGUUUACAAAGUGUCAGUAUUGUCAGACCGGCAGUUUUGAGUAGUACACACGAACGUGAGAAGAUUGGGUCGUACGGACAAACUACUAGUGCUUUGAGUAGGAGAAAAGGAAGGGAUACCUAUUACUCGAGACUUUGA